UAGAAAAUUUUCACUUUGAUUACAUUUCUAGAGAGAGAAACUUUUUUACAGAAAGAAGAAGAAGAAGAAGAGAGAGAGAGAAGUGUAUACAGAGAUUUGGGGAAAAUCUUGUGUUGUUUGAGAUCCAGUGGAAGAGAUAAUAAGGAUUAUUUGAUUAUUGAGACAAAGAGGUGAACGUGAAGACUUGGGUAAAUAUGGGUUGAUCAGACUUGGGGUUUUCCUUGAUUUUCUUGGUGAAAUUUGAGAUGGGGUUUUUGUGUAUUUGAGUCUUGAUUUGACUGAGGACUGAAGUUUGGGUUUUGUGAUGAGAAAUGGGGGAAAAUGCAGCAGCUUUGCACACUGCUGUGAACUCUGUUCAAGCAUUAGGAAGGGGUUUCGAUGUUAAUUUUGAUACUAGGUUGCUUUAUUGUAAAGGAGUUUCUGGGUCUCGUAUAGUUGAGGUUGACGUUGAGCAUACCAAGGAUCUCUUGUUGUAUGAUGAUGUUGUUGUGCCUAAUGUCUCAAGGGAUAUCAGGAAUUCUCAGGAGUCUUAUGGCCGUCAAAGUUCUGGGGUUUGUAGUUUCAAUGAGAUGGUGGAAUAUUUCAAUCAAAAGGCUAAUCUUUCUGGGGCCUUUCCUCUCGGUAAUUUUAAUGCUUCAUUCAAUUUCACUGGCACGAGGCAUAUUGACGCUGCAUCCACAAAGACCCUUUCUAUUGAUGGAUUCUACAUUCCACUUUCCAAAGUUCAGCUUAUGUCCCCACUUGUAUUGAAAGAAAAUGUCAAGCGAGCUGUACCAAGCAAUUGGGACCCAGCAGCCUUAGCAAGCUUCAUAGAAAACUUCGGGACACAUGUUAUAAUAUCUGUAACUAUUGGCGGGAAAGAUAUGAUCUAUGUGAAACAACAUCAGCACUCAUCCUUAUCCACCUUAGAGAUAAAAAACUAUGUCCAGGAUAUUGGAAACCAGAGGUUCUCUGAUGCAGAUUGCAAUACGAGCUCAGGUCCAUUAAAACUCAAGGAUAAGGGUGUUGAUCCUGGUUUAUUUAACAGUCAAGGAGUCUAUCCUCAACCCACCAACGCUUCAUAUCUUACUACUGCUGGGAAAGAAGAUGUGACAGUCAUUUUCCGAAGAAGGGGAGGAGACGAUCUAGAACAAAACCACAUCCGAUGGGCAAGAACCAUCAGGUCAUCACCAGAUGUCAUUGAGAUGACAUUUUGUCCCAUAACAGCUCUUCUUGAUGGGGUAGUUGGAAAGGAUUAUCUUACUCGUGCCAUUAAUCUUUAUCUUGAAUAUAAGCCUCCUGCUGAAGAACUGAGAUAUUUUCUGGAGUUUCAGAUUCCUCGACUGUGGGCUCCUGUACACGACAGGAUUCCUGGCCACUUAAGAAAGGAACCUAUUUGUCCAUCUUUGCAAUUCAGCAUAAUGGGCCAAAAGCUUUAUGUCAGUCAGGAUCAGGUAUCAGUUGGGCGAAAGCCAGUAACAGGCUUGCGGCUGUGUCUGGAGGGAGUUAAGCAGAAUCGGCUGUGUAUUCAUGUUCAACACUUAGCCUCUCUUCCAAAGAUCCUUCAACCUUACUGGGAUACCCAUGUGGCAAUCGGUGCUCCUAAAUGGCAGGGACCCGAGGAACAAGAUAGCCGAUGGUUUGAGCCAGUCAAGUGGAAAAACUUCUCCCAUGUGAGCACUGCACCUAUCGAGAACCCUGAAACCUACAUCGGCGACCUCUCUGGAGUCUACAUAGUCACUGGAGCACAACUUGGUGUCUGGGAUUUCGGAUCAAGAAAUGUCUUGUACAUGAAACUGUUGUAUUCUAGACUUCCAGGCUGUACCAUACGAAGAUCGUUAUGGGAUCAUAUCCCAAAUGAAAAAUCAAAAAAAGUAUCAACCGCGAAAGGUAACUCUAAUUCUGGAGACUCAAGUUCAGAUUCUUCAAGAGAACACUCCGGUGGUAAUAAGUUGGCGAAAUUCGUUGAUAUGUCCGAGAUGAGCAAGGGACCCCAAGACCAUCCGGGGCAUUGGAUGGUUACCGGGGGAAAGCUGGGUGUGGAGAAAGGUAAAAUUAUAUUGAGAGUGAAAUACUCCUUGUUAAAUUACUGAUGUGAACUUGUACGAUGAUGUAGAGUUAAAUUUUUGUUAGGUAGGGGUGGUGGUGUCAUUUUCGGGUGGCCGGUAUAUGAAAACCUUUUGCAGUGUGAAGGGGAAUGUUUAAAUCCUUUUUUUCUUCUUUUUUUUUUUCUGGCUAUUUCUCUCUUAUAGUAAGGUUAUGGCAGUUUUUGGUAGAGUUGUUUAGUGUUUUGUAAGUCUUAAUGAAGCAAAAGCAAUAUGAAUUAUGAAUGUGUUUAUAUUGAUGCA